AUGGCUGAAGGUGCCCCCACGGGUCCUCCUAGUGGCGGCGGUGCUCUGAAGAGCACCGACGCCCCCGGAGACUCUUUCAGUGAUGGUGGUGCCCUCAGAGAACCUCCUAGGGGCGGUGACGCCCCCAGGGACCAUUCCAGGGACCCUCCCAGGGAAGGCGACGCCCGUAGAAUCCCUCCCAGAGACUGCGGCUUCCCCAUGGGGCCUCCCAGCGGCGACGGCGCCUCCAGGGGCCCUCCCAGCGGCGACGGCACCCCCAGGGGCUCUCUUAUUGGCAGCGACGCCUCCAGAAACCCUCACACAGACGGCGCCGCCCUCAGGAGGCGUUCCAUGGAACGACGAGCCCCCAGGGGCCCCCAGCGGUGGCUGCGCCCCCAAGGACCCUCCCAGUGCCGGCUCCUCCAAUAA